UAUUCCAAAUAUUUGACAAGUGUUAGUUAUUUUGUUAGUGUAGUGGCAGCCAUUUACGAUUUACACACAGUUGCAGACUGCUUCAAAACAAACCGCCGCGUACGGCACAUUUUACGUGAUCUCAAAAAUUUGUUAGUAUUUAUUAUUUAAACGAAUAAUUAAAUAACUUUUCACCAUGGCUGCUACAAUGCCAAUAAAUCCAAAACCAUUCUUAAAUGGUUUGACUGGAAAACCUGUGAUGGUGAAAUUGAAAUGGGGCCAUGAAUACAAAGGUUACCUUGUCUCCGUUGAUGGGUACAUGAAUUUACAAUUAGCCAAUACAGAAGAACAUAUAGAUGGAAAUUGUACUGGCAAUCUUGGUGAAGUUUUAAUCAGAUGUAAUAAUGUUAUGUAUAUACGAGGUGUCGAAGAAGAAGAUGAAGAAGGAGAAAUGAAAGAUUAAUAUUUACUUAUAUUUAUAAUUCAAACUAGGUUAACAUAUUUUAUAUAUAAGUAAAGUAAGAAAACAUUGAAAUAAAAGUACAAUGCUUUUUUAAACCCAUUAGAGUUUGUAUUAUAUUCAUGAUAGUAACAUAUUUGUAUAGGAAUGACAAAAUUGAAAUGCAUCAAUGAGAAUACAUUGUUUAGAAAAGCAGACAAAUUUAACUACAUUUUGGAACAUUUAUUAUAAUAGGUUUUGGUCUUGAUCUAAAAACUAAUUUCUUGUUCACAAUGGCUUUUACAAUAUAUUCAGUUUUUAUCUGAGAA